AUGGAUCUAGAACAUAAGCAGAAAGAAGCUUUCAAUCGGGAUAAAGAAAGAAAGGAAUUAUUCAAAGAAAAAAUGAAACAACUUGUUGAAUACGAUAAAAUAGUUUCGUCCGAAACUAAUAAUGUGAUCGGCGAAGUUACUAAAGAUAUUGAAAUGGCUGAAGACAACGUGCCAAGCAGCGACGAGUUUGAUGAAGAUCUGGAUGAAGAAUAUCGGAACUUGAAUAACAUCCUCGAUUUACCGAACGAUACUUAUUCCCUCACUGAAAUUAGGCCGGAAUUGCCUCCCGGCAUAAAGUAUGGCGUUCGUUCUGGUCUAAUUCAUCUAAACAUGUUGCAAUUUUCAUCGUUAUCCAGAGGUUAUCAGGGUGGCGCUAUAGCGAUUGCAGCUUUUGCCACGACCACGAUUCAUAAACCUCGCUCCUGGAACGAAGCGGUGAUCGAUCAGAUUAUUGAGGACGGCGAUACUUUUUAUUGCGAAUCUUAUAAGAAUGUGAAUACCGGCGAUCGCAGAACGACAAUCAUCCUUGACUUGAAGAAAAACCUUCUCAUUCAGAAAAAGUACAAUGUGAGAGUCAGAAUCGAAGAUCCAGCGUACGCCGGAAAAUUUCGUUCACAAGAUCCGACGGAACUUCAUUUGGCGAAGGCGCUGGAAUUGUUUUUUGAGCGACACGACGCCGGGAUUCUGACGUCACCGGUGCUCAACAUAGCUAUUUGGAAAGACUCAAAGUAUUAUAAUAUAUUCGACGGUCAGGCGAGACGAGAAAACGGAGAGCCGACGUCCGACGGAGUCAGCGGAUCGGCUAAAUUGUUUUUCGUGAAGGAUUUGACAGGGGUAUUGUACAUCAUUCUCGAAAAGAGUAAAGUGCAGAAUGAGCCUUUCGUGAUUCACGCCAUCGACAUCGUUGGAGUGGAAUUGAUGUUUCCAGAGGAUUUCGAAGAAAACGCCCAGCAGAUGCUCGGGAAACCAGGGUUAACGCAGAGGAGACCAAGCGGUUACAAGAUUCGCCGGAAGCAGCGAGCAGCGGUACAAGGAUCCUAUUAUCUGGCGCAUCCCGCCGUGCCGGAGGCUCUGCGAGGCAAGGGACACUUGAUUAUAGCCGUGGCAGCGUUGGUGUAUUCACGGCUGAUCAGCGCCAAUAAGUGGACGACCGCUUUACUUGAUCUGAUCUUUAAUCAAUCCAAUAUUUAUCUCAUCGAUUUGAUAAGAGUUCUCGAGAAGAAACUCGACGACGAGUUCGAGCUUUCCUUGUCGGAUUUAAUGAGCGACAUUGUCCUCGGCGUGUACUCCGCCAAGGUAAAAGUGGACGCGAAUGUGUUACCCGGCGAUGCACAAAAGGGAAAGCUGACCAUCGAAAAUGGCAUUCGAGAAUUCUUUGAAACGGAGGGAAUCGGUAUGCUCGAAAUUAAGAAAAUCUUUUACGCGAUCUGGAAGGACGGCGACGUGUACUACUUUCUCGAUCCGUUUGCGUGCGACGAUGAAGGCUUCAGGGUCGAUCUCACCGAUGCGGAGCGCACGAAAAUUGGUUCUUUAAAAAAGGCUGCCUGUGUGAUUAUGCACAGCACAGUGGAUGGGAUGAUGGAAACAGUAUUGAAAAAUACCGACAGCAAGGACAAAGAUCCUUUUUUAAUACAUAGAGUCAAGGUGCUCUACGUGAAGACUGGAAUAGCAUCAGGCGGUCCGUUCGAGAAGGUGAUUUAUCGAGAAAAAGGCACGAAUCGUAGACCGCGAGCCCCGUCGCCAACCAUGCUAAUCGAUACAAUGGAAAAGGUGAUUGACACGACGCCACGCAUGCGACCGGAAUCACGCAAAUCCACGGAAGUGUCUACUCAAUUUCCGGAAGUCAUGCAAGAUGUGGAUCAAUAUAGAAUGACGGACGACGAGCCGAUGACUUUCGUGCUUGCGCAAGAAGUAAAUGCAGAAGAAGAUGACGAAAUGAUGGAAGCAGGCGAGGAAGCACAAGAGAAACCUACGAUAAACUUUAUCACGGGAUACAGAAUGGUAAAUGUUCAUCGUUUGCUUCUUCACGGCACUAAGAAUUGUCUGAGCACGGAAUUUCAUCCACGAUCGCGCGGCAGACAAGGAUUAAUAGCCGCUUUGACUGCGUUGGCGUACAGAAGAUUGAAAAAUCCGACUCGCUGGCGAAACAUAGAUGUCGAUCAGAUCGUUGAUGUCAGCAACAAGGCUCAUGAAAGAGUUAUAACGUGGAUCGAGCAAGGUCGACCGGAAUUGAGAGAAAUUGGAAAGGAAUUGAAGGAAGAAGAGGAGAAAGAGGAAGAAGAAGAGGAGGAACUGGAGGAAGAGGAGGAAGAAGAAGAGGACGAAGAGGAAGAGGAAGAGGAAGAAACCGUUAUUCGGAAAGUAGCAGCCGCUCCUAGUCACUUAGAUAUCUCUUUCUUGCCGCCCAGACUGAAACUAGCCGAAUAUGAUGUCCUCUUCAAGACAAAGACAAAUGUCGUCAACGGCGAUGCAAAUCCUUUAGCCAAUCUUGCGGAGGCUCUCGAGCGUUACUUCGAGCGAUACCCCGAAGCAGUAUUGGAAAACAAGAAAUUGAUGUACGCCAUUUGGAAAGAGGAUGGAAAAUUCUUUUUAUUUAAUCCUUAUGGCAGCGAUUCGGAAGGAUGGCGUUUACGCGGUCAUCCGGCUUCUUUUAUUGUAACUGACAGUCUCAACGAGCUGGUUGACCUUUUUCAUGGCGUUUUGGAGUACAAUGAUCCGCGUUUCUCGCUUCACUUCGCGGCACUGGACGCGAUACAUCCGGGAAAGUACACGUCACCCGUGGAGAUCGUAAUACCGGACGAUCAGACGAUCGGAAACUUUCAAACAAAGUUCCUGCCGAUUACCGAUGACGAUUUACUGAAGCUUGAAGAGACGAAGCCUGACAUCGCCGUGACGCAAGAGCCAGAAGAAGAAGAAGAGGAGGAAGUAGAAGAGGAGGAAGAAGAAGAGGAAGAGGAAGAGGAAGAGGAAGAAGAGGAAGAAGCUGAAAUAAAAAAAGAAGAAUUGCCGGAGAAACUUCUUGAAGAUCCUUUGCUAGAAAUCGAAGAACGCGCGCAGCCCGACGCUCCUUAUCGCCUGAAUCUGGCUCUUUUGACUUCUGCAGUGAGUAUCGAAGAGUCAACCGAAGAAGAGUUGGACGGCUUGCACGAAGAGGUGAUGCUCGAGAAAAUGAAGUACAAUCAUCCACCGCCGUACGUGAUGCCGUCGAGAAACACGCUUUGGAUUUUGUUAGAAGCAAAACGAGCGAAUAAGUCGAUUCCCUCUCUCGUAUCGCGAUUCUCGAUCGACUCGAGGCUGGAAGUUAAAAAGAGAGAUGAUUUCUCCGCCAAUUUCGUGACUCCUGCAGCUUUGAUCGUCUCGUUGCCCCGUGAAGUGAAACCUUCUAAAAUGAUAAGGCUAUCUUUCGGACAAUAUUUGUACUCGAGAUUAUUGCCAAUUCGCAUGAUGCCCCUUAGAGCUAUCGACGAAAGUUAUAUCCAAGAAGACGACGAUAAAACGCUUGAAGAAAAAUAUAAAAAACGAGAGAAGUUUGAGGAAAGAAAGAAAAAUAUGAAAACACGAUUACCAGUGCUUUAUGCUCCAAAAAUAGAAUUGAUACCACUUGGACCGAUAAUUAAGACUCCGGUUUUAACAACAAAGCGUUUAACAUGUGCUGACGAACAGAAACAAAGAAGCACAUCGAACACAGAAAAAGAAUUGCCUAUUAAGAAAAAUCUUUACGAUGCGGAAAAGCAUCUGUUUAAAUUAAUAUUUCCGGGUUUUCAAUCUGAUCUACAGCCAUCAGAAGAAAAAAAAGAUGAUGCAAAAGUGGAUCAGGCGACGAAAAAGGUUAUGAGUGUCAGAGAUGCUAAAAUAGAUCGUUUAUCGCCAGAAGCUAUUGGCUUUAAAGUCGCGGAAGAUAUGGAAGAUACGGAAAUAAUACGAGGCAAUUCGAGUCUGUCGGAUCGCGCGCGAGUUGAAUCUGCUCACUUCAAGCCUUGCUAUUUCUCGGCUAUAUUAUGCAUUUUGGCGAAAAUUGCACUAGACGUGGAUCGCUUUCGAGGCAGCAUCCUGGAUCGAUUGAUUCUCCUCACCGAUAAGAUCGAUCAACGAGUCGGCAAGCUGCGAUACAAAGAAUGCAGAUGGUUUUACAACAUAGAUAUUCUCAAUGCGAGUUACAACAUUGUUCUGAAAGAAAUUGUUCGCGCCGAUCCUAAGAGUUCUCCAUCCGACGAGCUCGAUACAAUCGUUGAGAAAUUCCUAGAGAAUGAUCGAACCGGCAUACUAGUGCUGGCAAAUUGCGCGUACGCAUUUUGGACGGCGGAUGAUAAGUAUUAUCUCUUCGAUCCUUAUUCUUGCGAUGAGAACGGAAAUGCCAGUGAAGAAGGUUAUUGCUGUCUCAUGAAAUUCCGGGAUUUGAAAUCUAUGCUCGAUAAAAUUAAAACGAACGCCGCGGAAACGGUGAAAGAGCCCUUCCGCCUUUAUACUGUGUCCAUCGCUCACAUGCGGAUGAAGAGGCGUAAACGGAAACGGAGGAACGUUAUUAAACGGCACGCAAAACCGACAGAGUCGAUCCAUGACGAAGAAAAAGAAAAACGAGACUCCACGCCGUCGGCCGUGUCGGCCGAAUCGCCUUUGACAGAGCUAGUCGAGUGGGUCACUUCGGAUCCGGAAUUAGAUCAUGACGUGAAAAGUCCCGGUUUCACACCGAUAAAAUAUUACGAGGCCUCGAUGCUCGAAACGGUCGUUUUGGAGGAUUAUAUUACGACACUUCUGCUAGUACCGUUCGAAAUGUUAUCGAAGAAACUGAACAGUAAUGGAACCCACGAGAAAAUAACGUUUAUACAAAGAAGAACGCCACAAAGGAUAUUUCAAAAUCACACGUCCGUCGCGAUUCCUAUCGAUCUCUGCUUCAUGGCGUGGUCAUUAAUCCACGAUCCUGCAUCCUGGUCGGAACGUACAAUUGUUGGCUUGAUCGAAGCGAGUAUGGAUUACGCUUUUGACAACGUGUUGGCGAGCGAGGAUACCUCCGUGAGAGACAUGAUAGAUGCCGUACUGCCGGAAUUCAAGAUAGCAAAUUACAUGUUUCGAGCGGUGCUCGCACCAUUGCACUAUGGCACCCUGUAUGCCACGGAUGGCUGGAAUCUAGCAAUGACCCUGGAAAAAAUAUUCGAAACGAGGAUCUACACCGGUGCGAUUAUCGUCUGCGGCUACGCUCAUAUAGGCGUCACGAAGAGCGGCAAUAAUUAUUUUGCGUGGUGGACGGUCACAGGGACAAAGAAAUUCAGGAUAAUUACAACCAGUUGCUUAAACGAGUUUCUCAAGUUAAUCGUUAAGGUGAUUGACGAACCGCAAGAAAUAACAUUUGCCGCGAGAGCGGUCGCCAUAUCCUAUGCUGUCAAAAUGGCACCGGAUUGCAGUGACAUCAAGGGUCUUCACGAGCCGAUGGCACCGACGACUUCUCUCGCGAAGAUUCAUCGAAAAGAGACACCGGAGUCUCGCGAUAUCGCAGCGAUUUUCAGACCUAUCGGCUUAGCUCCGAAUCCGAGCUUUGUGUUCGGCACAAUAGCUCUGCGCGAUCGGGAUAGUCUGCUGGAGCCGCGAGCAAAACGCUGCUAUUUUGUCGCAUUACUGGCCGUUAUGAUAAAGAGAGACAUCAUUCAAUCUCCCAUUCCGAUUGUAAUCGACAAUAUCCUCGAAGUAGCCGAAGGCUUGUACAGGAAAUUCUCCGAGCCAACAUUUCACUCCGAGCAAAUCCUGCGAAACGUCCCGCUAAUGAACAGGCACUUUGAUCUCCGAGAUUGCGCGUCACCCUUGGUCAUGCUGACGACAAAUCCUCGAACUGGCAAAAACGAUUUUUACAUACAAGUGAAGAAACAUUUAAAAAGGCACUUUAAGACGUACACGAGCGGAAUACUGCACUUUACGAAUUGCUGCUACGGCUUUUGGUACUCAAGAUCGACCAACUGUUACUAUUAUCUGGAUCCCUAUCAAUGCGACGCAGCGGGCAGAAGAACGUCUGCCAACGGCAAUGCCUGUUUGUGCGUCUUCUCCUUCGUGUGUCAGAUGGUGAAACAUAUGUCUCUCAAUCAGUGCGAUAGCACAACCGGAUUUUUUAUCCAUAGACUUCACGUGAAUUCAAUCGAUACGCCGCUGUUCGAGAAAUUCCAAGAAGAUCCGAUGUGGAUUUAUGUGGAUUAUCAUUGGAACUUCAUGCAUUCGAUUAUGAGAGCGGAUAAAAAAGCGAAGGAUAGCGAUAAGCUACAUAAUACAAUGAAGAUGAAAAUUGAUAGACGAUUCUGGAACAAUUAUACCAUCGAAGUAACCGGUUUAAUUUACUCUGUUUGGGGCACGAUCGGCGCAUACGAUUAUCGAUUCGGCGAACGAGCGGGGAAAAAUUGCGCCGCUAUAUGCGUAGCUGUUCUGGCUAUGCAGCAUCUUUGUCAUCCUUCAAGGUGGAAUGCAGCCAUUUUAGACUCGGCUGUAAUCUGCGGAGAUUCCCACUAUGUUAAAAGUCUAAAAAAUUUUUCGCGAAAGGCUUCGAAGGCGCAAAACAGGUUUGGUUUACAGACAUCCUUCAGAAUAUUUCCACACUUAUGGACCAUAGAUUUUGACACAAGCGUAUGCGGUAUUUUAUAUGGUGCUCAAAAUAGAUUAACAUUAAGCGCAGCGUUACAACUAUCUCUUGAAGAAGCUCACAAUGUCAUUAUCGAAUGCAACAAUAUCACUUUAGCCGUGUUGGCCGCCAAGGACGGCUACUACGUCGCCGAUCCUUGCUGGAUCGGCCCGCCGUUGUUUACGACAGAUCGCGGCGCAAUUUAUGUUCUACGCUGUAAAAACAUAAAUGCUCUUGUAUACGUGAUCACAAAAAUGCUCAAUACAAAUCAACGGCUUGGCUUUCGCAUCACGCCAUUGAUCUUUGCAUUCGAUCGCGAAAACGUUGAUGCGGAUUCCGAGAUCUGCAUCGUAAGAAGGAAGAUCCUGUCUAAAUCCUUGCGGAAAAAUCCGGGAAAAGUCAAAACCUAUGGCAUGUCUAUUCCUAGAGCAAUUGCGGUACCCGACGAGGAUUCUUAUUUUAUACAUCGACAGCGUCUCGCGCAGGGCGCGACUGAAGAUUCUCAGUCGAAUGAUUUCCAAUUGCGUCGCACAUUGCCUGCGUUGAAUCUUGAAAACGCGAAUAACGCGCUUGUGAGCACAAAGUGGCGUCUGAAUCUCGGCCAAGCGCGUCCUUUGAAAAGACCGAGGUCACCCUUUGAUCCUGUUGGAAUAGAGCGUGACUCGGUGGAAUGCAUCGAUUCCGCGAUUAAUUUAUUCGAAGCACAUCAUUCUAGAAUCUCUGUCGCGGAUCUGACGGCCGUGCGCGAUUAUCCGAGAGUAAUAACAUUUGCGAGCACCAUUCCUCCACCCGGAAUAAAUUCUUUCGAGUGUGUUAGUAGACGCAGUAGCUUCAUCAGCGAAGAAACUCGCACAGAGUUCGAUGACAGCGUUGCAGAAAUGUUCUGGGACAUCUACAAGAGUCAUCCAGAUUACUUGCCGGAAGAUGAGAAAUCUGUGCAUUCUGCAAUCAAUGUUGCUCAAGAAGACGUCGAAGCUGAACAUAAUUUGGAGACCGAAGUGACUACCGUCACAAAAAGUUAA